AGGAUGUUAUAACAAUUUUUUACAGAUGUCGGAACCGAUUGAAAUAUCUUCAACAUAUGAUGCCACUUCAAGCCCCAAGUUCACAGCUGUGGAUUACUUAGUCUUCUGCUCAAUGCUGAUCGCGUCUCUUGCCAUCGGUAUAUACAGCGCUCUCAAGGGCAGAGGCAACACCUCCACGAAUGAUUACUUGCUGGGGGAAAGAAGUAUGUCAACAAUCCCAGUAGCAUUCUCUCUCCUUGGAGGUGUCAUCUCCGCCAUAGCCAUACUAGGUAACGCCUCAGAGAUGUAUUUCUUCGGCACGCAGUUAGUGACCUGCCUCUUGGGCUUCCUGCCUGGCUGCCUCUUGAUCCACAAGAUCACACUCCCGAUCUUCUACAACCUCAAACUUGUUUCGCUCAACCAAUACAUAGAGCUGCGCUAUGAAUCUCGAGUACUGAGGAAGCUAGUGAGUAUGUUGCAGCUUCUUAACACUGUGUCAGUGAUGGGUGUGUGUUUGUAUGCUCCUUCACUCGCUCUCUCCACCGUCACCAACAUAUCUACCUCCACGUCCGUUGCCAUCAUGGGCGUCGUUUGCACCAUCUACUUCUCUGUUGGAGGUGUGAAGGCGGUAGUGUACACUGACGUGCUACAGACAGCACUCAUGUUCCUGGGAGUUCUGGUGGUCGUAGUCAUCUGCUGCGUGGACCUGGGCGGUGUCAGCAUCGUCUGGAACACAGCACUUCGAGGAUCCCGAAUCGAGUUUUUCAAGUGA